AUGACAACACCAGUUGCUGGUUUACCUAUAUCAUUUUCAAAUGAUGAUGCUAAAGCAAAUAUAUGUUCUAAAUCUCAAUCAUCUAUAAAUGCAUUAGCUACACUUGUAAAAUCGAUAAUAAAAAAUUCUCAUACAAAUGAUUAUUUAACAACAACAUUAAAACAAUUUGCAGCAAGUGAUCAACAACUUCUUUUAGCACAAGAUCAUAUUAAUAAAAUUGAACAUACAUGUCAACAAUUACUUUUUCAAUCAGAUAUUCUUCAAUUAGAUACACAAGAACUUAUUCAAAUUCAACAAACAUUAAAUUCCAUGAAACUUGACGAUCAUUAA